CACACCACCAGGGGUGAGUCGCGUGCUCACGAGGCAUUUUCGUAUUCUAGAAGGAGAGUUGUGUCCUUCACAACAGGAAUCAUGGCCACAGCCACCAAAAUCAUUCAAAGAAUACGGAAUUAUCUGUCAGGGCACAACCUGCAAGCGAAGCUUCAACUGCGUUAUGGUGAGAUAGCAAAGAGGACCCAGCAACCACCCAAACUGCCAGGGGGCCCCAGCCACAAAUACGCAAACAACUACUACCACACCAGAGACGGCCGCAGAGAGUCUGUUCCAGCCACAAUCAUCAUGUCUUCACAGAAGGCCCUCACUGCUGGCAGCCAAGCUGCUGAUGUUCCAGCAAAGCCCCCAGUGACCCCUGGAACUGUGUAUAAGGAACUGCCCCUCUCUACAGAUCAGCCAUACCUCUGAACAACCAUCAAACAACAUCAACACCAACAACUUGAUUUACCCCUCCAGUACUACUGUAGACACCUGACUACAGUGCAAGCUAAAGGAGAGCAGUAUGUGUUGGUUAAAUCUUAUAUCAUAUACUAUGUGAAUAAAAUGUUAUGUA